ACGAACCCUUCUUGAUUGGCCCGUCUACUUUCUCCUGGUUUCGGACCAAAACAAAAGGGUUUUAGUUUUAGGUUUCAUAGUGCCAUUUGGUUUCGCUUCUGGCAUUAGGGUUUUUGUGAGAUUUGAUUGAAGACUUCUCUCUCCAUGGAUCUCUCAGACCUUAAUUCAGCUGAAAUGCAGAAAUUCUACUCUGAAGAACAGCAAAGAGCCAUGGUUAAUGAAAUGGUGUCAAAGCUAACGAGCGAAUGCUGGGACAAAUGCAUCACGGGUACACCUGGGAAUAAAUUCAGUUCCAGUGAACAUAAUUGUCUUUCAAACUGUGCACAGCGCUACUUGGAGGUUAGCAUGCUUGUCAUGAAAAGGUUUCAGGGUAUGCAAUGAAGUUCAAGGGCUAUCUACGUGCUUUCUCAGUUAACAAUCUAAUAUUAAAUUUCCCUUCUGCAUGAUCAUCAUUUUUGGAAUCUUAUUAUUUGGCAGUUUUUUCUUCUUUGGAUUAGUUUAUAUUUGUCGAGACUGUUGUGUCAAAAUAUUUAGUUUGCCUUUUGGCAUUCGUGAAUUAGAGAGAAAAAAAAAACUUCGUGACUAUGGUGAAUAACAUUGUGUGACUUAAAGGUA